CGCUUCUUGGCGCGUUCUUAAAACCUCAUAGGACGGGAGCGAAGUAGGAAGUCGUUCGCGAACACUGCUCUGCUCGCUUAUCGCCUUUUCGCUAACCAGGUUCUUAUCAAGUUCAACUUAUUCCAACAGCGGAGUGAUGGCUUACCCCGGAUACGGUGGCUAUGGCGGUCAGAUGCCAGGUAUGCCCGGUCAGGGAAUGCCUCAUCACGGGAUGCCGCACCAGGGAAUGCCUCACCAGGGAAUGCCACACCAGGGAAUGCCACACCAGGGGAUGCCGAUGGGCGGUGCCCCAGGAUACCCCCCGCAGCCGGGCGCUUACCCCGGCACCUUUGGGGCCCCGCCCCCCGCACAGGACCCAAUGUGGGGCUACUUCACGGGCAUCGCUGGCCAGGAUGGUGAAGUCGAUGCUGAGGAACUUCAAAGAUGCCUGACACAGAGUGGCUUCAGUGGCAGCUACACCCCCUUCAGCUUAGAGACGUGCAGAAUCAUGAUCGCCAUGCUGGAUCGGGACAUGACGGGUAAGAUGGGCUUCAACGAGUUCAAGGAGCUCUUCAUGGCGCUGAACGGGUGGAAGCAGAACUUCAUGACCUUCGACCAGGACCGCAGCGGUACCGUGGAACCUCACGAGAUGCAGCAGGCCAUCGGAGCCAUGGGCUACAGGAUCAGCCCCCAGGCACUGAACGGCAUCGUCAAGCGCUACAGUAAAGGAGGACGCAUCUUCUUUGACGACUAUGUGGCCUGUUGUGUCAAACUCAGGGCACUGACCGACAACUUCAAGCGGAGAGACACCAUGCAGCAGGGAUCAAUCAUGUUCCAGUAUGACGACUUCAUCCUGUGCACCAUGGCCAUCUGAGGACCUCCCUGCAGCUACCUCAAAACACCACCAAGAGAAGACAAGAGAGAGGGAUAGAGAAGAGAAGGAUAGAGAAAUGGAGAGAAGUAUAGAGGAGAGGGAGAAAAUGGUGACGGAUGCAUACAUACAAUAGGCUGAUCUAUGCAUCACUGGUAAAAAGAAGAUAUAUGCAUUAGGCAGCAAAAGAAUAAGGCGAUAUAAAGGAAAUAGUACAUAAAUAAAUAUGGCUCUUCUGGGACCAGUAAAGGGUUGUUAGACAGACUAGAGAUGACGGUGUGAGUGAUGACCAGGAAGCCGUUAAAUCACACACCUCUGAACUAAUGCCAGUCAAAGCAGUAAUCGAUAUGAUCGAACCAUCAACUUCAGGGGGGUAUUCCAAGUACAGUACAUGAGCUCAACCAAGUACUUGGAAUACCCCCCAGAACAAAACAUGACUAGACACAAUUUUAUUAAUAAUGAACUAAUACAUUUCUAUGACAUUUAACCUCUAAUAUAGUUAGUCAUAUUGAAGACUGAUGCCAUGUGGGAUACCUUAUAAUUGAAGAUCUUUUGACGAACAUGAACUUCAACAUGAGUUAUGCAGUUUGUUAUGUGUUACUGUGGAGCUAUUGCAUGCUAGUAAAACUGUGUCUGGUCCUAUGUUAUCAGAAGGGUUGGAAGGGUCUCACCCUGACCUUAACUCUUGGCACCUAAGGACAUUUAAACUUUUGGUAAAUUGUUUUGCUGUACCAGCCAUCACUUACACAGUUGCCUCAAAAAUGUCAAAGAGGACAAGGGAACCGUAUUGUUUUUGUGCCAACACACAGUCUCUCACAUCAAUUAUUUUUGUAUGAUUUUAAUACACACUUUUUAUUCAUUCUAUAUAUUAUGCUACGUUUGUAACCACUCCUAAACAGCCACUGAUGUCUCUAAAGAGCCUCCAGUAUGACUGGAUUAUCUUCCAAUAAACGUUUAUUCAUUUA